AUUCUAUGUUAAAUAUUCCCGUUAUUAGUUCGUAUUUUGAAUUCGUGAUCGAAAGUCGACUGUCGACUUUUGUAUAGACACGAACAUUGUCGAACCACUUUGAAUCAUAUUUUUAUCUCUUCGUAAAGCAUUUCCUGCGUCUUUAAAAUACUUGAAAUUCUUUACGAUUAGGAUUACAUACCGUUUUAAGAACAAUAAUGGUAAAGAGACAGCACCAAAGAACUAGUUCAUCAUCGACAUCUGCCCAAAUACGAAAACCUGCAGUUACUACACGUUCAAGAAGGAGCCAAAAUGCCGAGUUUGAACAGCAAAAAUUAUUCGCGUUUGAUAUGAAGCGAAAGCGAAGAUCAAACAAUGAAACUGAUACGCUCGAGAAAGAUGAUGAAAUUGAUAGACGAUUAUCACCUUCAUACUCAAAUUCAAAUAUAGUGGAUUCUAUAAAGUUAGAAAAUAACGAAUCGGUUUCGAGUCCAUCUAAACGAGCAAAACUUUCAACAAUGGGUGAAUAUAACAAUAAUCAAUUCGAUAUUGAUAAUGAUGUUCAAUCCAAUGUUGAAAUUAUGGGGAUUAAAUUGGAGAAUAUUUCAACUCAUAAUGGUGUUCGAAGAAAUAGUAUUCAUCUGGAAUCUUUGCAAAAUGGAAUUGAAAGUAGGGAUAUAGUCCAACCUGGUAUUAAGAAUGGCAUUGAUAAUGUUGAUGAAAUUGUGAAUAAAAUCCAUAAACAAGAAGACUGUUUGAUCAUCGAGGACAUCAUUUAUAAUAACAUCGAAAUGAUUAUUGACAAUUUUAAAGAUGUUAUAGAAAUUAGAGGAACACAAAUGGUAAUCGGAAACUUUGUAAUAGAGUAUAGUGAUUACCAGAAAUUUCUGACACUGAUGAAUAAAUUAAUGGAUAUAUUAGAAAUGUAUGAUUCCGAUAAAAUUUUGCAAAGUGCAAAGAAAAUAGGGUGUAAGAGAAAUAAUGGUCAAAUUUUAAACCCAAACCUCUUUCGAACUAAAAUUUCUAAACGUGCAUACAAAUGUCUGAGUGAAUUUCAGGAUGAUUUUACUUGUACAUGCAACGAUGCUAUAGAAGCUAAUCCCGAAAAAUAUAAUGCUGGUAUAAAAUUUAUUAAAUUUGGGGACCGGCUGUUUGAACAAGCCUACGGGGAAUUGCCAAGUGGUAUAAGACAACUUUGUGAUCAUGACGACAAUUUUGACGCAACAAAAGGCACAUCUACAAAAAGACACCGAAAAGUUGCACUUGUUCAGCCAACUUUAGAUGGACAUGUAUUUUCAAGUAGUGCAAUUGGAAAGCUACAAGGAAAUAACUCUUUCCAAUUAGUCGGUGAUUUGCAAGAAAUUGCAGUAGUGCCUUCGCAAUCCAUGAAUGAAGAAGAAAUUCCAACACUUGGUUCGAUCCUUCCAAAAAAUGUGAAUCAUGAAUUUGAAUUGCCUAUGUCUGAUCAACACAAAGUCCCAGGAGUUAAAUUCCAUAAGUAUAAGGCAUACGCAUCAUUCGCACCAAUUUACGAUUCGAGUGCCGCAAUGUUAUCUUACGAAGAUACGAUUUUGACGCGUUCUUAUAAAAAACAUUUACGUAUCUCAAAAAAUAUUAAUGAAUUAGAUGAUUCAGAUGACUCGGAUUUAAGUGAGGAAGAAUUAUCCGACAAGGAUGUUGUAGUUUCUGACCCUGAAGAAACUAAUCAGCCAGAAAGUUUUGAAAUUGCUUCAUCAAGCAAACAAAACAAUUCAGGUGAAGAAACGAGCCAAAUGGAAGGUCUUGAAAUUACUUUACCAGAUAAACAAAACAAUUUAAAUGAAGAAAUGAGUCAAAUGGAAGAUCUUGAAACUACUUUACUAAACAAAAAAUACAAUUCAAAUGAAGAAAUGAGUCAAAUGGAAAAUCUUGAAAAUAUUUUACCAAAUAAACAGAACAAUUCAAGUGUAGAAGUGAGUCAAAUUGAAGGUCUUGAAACUACCUUACCAAAUAAACAAAACAAUUCAAAUGAGGAAAUAAGUCAAACGGAAGGUCUUGAAACCACCUUACCAAAUAAACAAAAUAAUUCAAGUGAAGAAAUAAGCCAAAUGGAAGGUCUUGAAAUUACCGUACUAAGCAAUCAAAACAAUUCAAACGAAGAAAUGAGUCAAAUGGAAGGCCUUGAAGCUACCUUACCAGACAAACAAAACAAUUCGAGUGAAGAAACGAGUCAAAUGGAAGGUCUUGAAACUACCUUAUCAAACAAACAAAACAAUUCAAACGAAGAAAUGAGCCAAAUGGAAAAUCUUGAAACUACUGUACCAAACAAACAAAAUAAUUCAGGUAUAGAAACGAGUCAAAUGGAAAGUCUUGAAACUACCUUACCAAAUAAGCAAAACAAUUCAGGUGAAGAAAUUAGCCAAAUGGAUAGUCUUAAAAUUACUUCAAACACUACAAACAUUUCAGGUGAAAAAAUUUGCCAAAUGGAAAGUUUUGAAUUUGCCUCAUUAAGCAAACAAAACGAUUCACGAGAUGAUAUUUUUAUAGAAAACAACACUAUGGAUGAUGAAAAAUUAUUUGAAAACAUAAAUUUGGAAUUAUUGUAUAAGUGUGUAAACAAUGGAAAAGCCGGCAUUGAUAAAAUUUUAGAUGAAAAUGUAGAAAUCUUUAAGAAAUUACAAUUAAUGCAAGAAAAAAGAUUAACUAAACAUAAUCCAAAUGUUGUUUCUAUAAAAGAAAGAGAACUUGCAAAUAAGCUACGAGAUAAACUUGCUAGUAUAAUAUCGGAAGUAGCGCCUUCUGAUAUUGUGUCAUUUGAUUCUAUAGAAUAUACUAUGGAUAAUUUACCAACAAAAGAAAAAUUUUUUAAAGGUAUGCUGCCACCGGAUAAAUCUUUUGCUUAUCAUACCAACGAGGUUUCUCGUGAUGCUUUUAGUACUUUCUCUGGAGUAGAAAAAUCAUCAGAAGAUAUGGAAGCUGAGUAUACAAGGAAUGAUUUAAAUGGGGCAACAACACAAAUGAAAUCCGAAGAUGUAUUAUCACAAGUACCACAUUCAGUACCUCAAACAAUAUCUCAGCAACCAUUACAUCAUUCUACUUCAUCUACUUCACAUUCAUUACCAAUUUCUGCUUCAAUGACCUAUCCUCGUGCUCAAGUUCAAAUGCGAAUGUCAUAUGGAACAUCUCAAGUUAUGCCUACUAGUUAUCAAACGACUUAUCAAAGACCAACAUCGCAUGUUCUUCCUUAUUAUCAUCCUUCACAACGUUAUCCUCCAACUUAUGGGUAUCCUUACUAUCCACAAUACGGUGGUUAUCCAAUGAGCCAUUCUGCGUGGCAACAAAGAUCAAGUUACUUUCAAUGAAGAGUAUGGUAAAUGCGGUAAAGAACCAGGUAAAAACGAAAUAUAUAUCUAAUUUGAAAAAUCCACUUUUAUUUUUGUGUAAAUGUUUUUAUUUGGGAAAAUUCAGUUUAAUGUAAAUAUAUAAAUUUUUUGGAUCAUUAUUUGAUACCAAAACAAUAAUACUUAUAUUAGUGCGAACGUGUAUUUUGUCAAUUGUAUAUGUUUAGAUUUUAGCAUUAUUUCAUAAUUCAUAUCCCUGAUAAUCUGAUAAUUAAUUUUAUAUAAUUAAGAUAAUUAAGAUAUUUACAUUUAUUAUAGAC